AUGUCACGGCGUGUGUGUGUGAUUGGAGGGGGAAGUUCAGGUCUGACCAGCAUCAAGAGCUGUCUGGACGAGGGUCUGGAGCCCACCUGCUUCGAGAGCAGUGAUGACAUCGGGGGACUGUGGAGGUUCAAGGUAGGACGGACUGCUGCAUCCCAUCUCAAUCAGUGUUAAUUUCGUCAACAAUGACUAUGACGAGAAAUAUUUGCAAACCUAUUUUCCCUGACAAAAACAAAUGAUGAUAAUGAGACGAGGAGCCAUGAAUAAAAUGAUAACUGUAACAAAUGAGUUUUCAUUUUAUUGACGGAAAAAAAUUGUGACGAUGAGAAUUCCAAGUGUGACUAAUGGACAUUCUAUUCGACAUGAAGUUCCUUUUCAUUGUUUUGUCCAACCUUUGCAGAAUAUUUAAUGUAAUCCUCUCAUUGGCAGAAUUAAUGUAUUUCAGUUGCAUGGUCUGAUUAAGUUGAUCUGCCCUGCUCUCCCACAUAGCUCCCAGGUGGUCACUUCAGUCACUUGUCAAUCUUUUGAACUGAUGCGCAGCCAGGACAGGACACUUCAAUUGUAACUAACCUAAACUAGAAACAAUAAUGUUUACUCUCUCCUACUUUCAUGUAGGCUAUUUUAGCUUUGAUCAUAUCAGAAGCUCUAUUUUCCCAUGUGCGCUGUUAUUCAUCUGUGUUGCCGCUUUCACGGUCCGCAAAUGCAAGUGCAGUUGUUUUUUCAUGCUAUUUGUUGAAUAUUAGCACUGGUGCUCCUAACUUCAAAAAGAAAGGAGCACCAGACAACAUUUACUGCAAAUUACUUUCCUAUCAUUCCUAAUUGUCAUCAGUUGUUACCUUGAUGAUGUAGAACGCAUCACUAGAGAGUGGGCAAGACAUUAGAAUAAAAACAACUUUUAAUAAUUGUAUUCAAAAGUGCAACUGCAAACAUAUUUACAUAGGUGAUUACAACAAUCUUUAUUGUAUUUAAAAGUGCAACUGCAGACUGAACUGUUAUCCAUUACUGCAUUCAGCUAACAGAUAAUAAUAAUAAUAAUAAUAAUAAUAAUAAUAAUAAUACAAAACUAUGUAGCUAAUAAUUUUAAUGUUGUAACAACGCAACAGGCUGACUAUGAACUGAUACUUGGAUAUUGAAAUAAAUGUUUAGUCUCCUCUCACAAUAACUAAUCAAUUUCUUUGAUCUAGAAUCUAGCUAUUAAAUCAGCUAUUAAAUCUACUCUACCCUUAAGGUUUAGGGUAGAGACGUCCCAAGGAUCCCGGGUAAUACUAACCCUCUUCCCGGAUAGUGUUCUUGAUGGUGCCAAUAAUGUUUGCGCAGGACACCUAGUUUCCAUAUGUCGGGUAGAUUUGUAAUCCGUUCUUUUCUGGGAGAGUAACAUGGGUCUGAAUUUGUUAAAAGCCAUCUCCUCUUUGGCAAUGCAGUAAGCAGUGUUAAAUGUAAUCUCUAGCUCAGCUCUGGCUGCCUGGUAGUAGACUUAGUGAUGUUGCUCCCUCCCCUGUCCCGAUGCACUUGUCCUGGAACUUGAUGUGCUUUUGACUUAAGUUAUACAUGUUUCUUGUUGCUGGACCCAGUAGCAAAAUAAGUCUUCCCUGCUACUAUUAAAAUGUAUUUUAGUCAAAAUAGACUAAAACAAAAUCUAAAAUAGCUGCCAAAAUUAACAUUGAUCUAUAUACAGUGGCCUCAUCUUCUCGUCUCCUCUCCUUCAUCUCAAUAGUCUAAAGUGGCUUCAUCUUCUCGUCUGAAGCGCUCAUUAAAAGUGUGGGGAAAUGAUUUUCUGAUCUUUCCUCCUAUUCUUCUCUCCAUCCUUAGGAGAACCCGGAGGCUGACAGGGCCAGUAUCUACCACUCUGUCAUUAUCAACACAUCCAAGGAGAUGAUGUGUUUCUCGGACUUUCCCAUCCCCGCCCACUUCCCCAACUACAUGCACAACUCCCUCAUCAUGGACUACUUCCGCAUGUACGCCGAACACUUCCAACUCACCAAGCACAUACGCUUCCAGGUAGGACCUCAGUUCCUGGUCACAGCAAUCAUUUAUACAGUUUCAAGGUGCAUUCAGUGAGGUGAGGCGUUUAGAACAUUGCAUAUGUUACACAACACUAGCACAAUUGUUUGUUUGUGUGUGAGUUAGAUCAGAGUCCUCCAGGUGAAGCCAAGACCAGAUUUCUCUCGUUCGGGCCAGUGGGAUGUGGAGACGGAGAACAAGAAGGGAGAGAAGGAGAAACAUAUCUUUGAUGCUGUGAUGAUCUGUAUAGGACACCACUGUCACCCCAACCUGCCUCUACACGACUUCCCAGGUAGCCUACAACACAGUGACCUCAGACACUGGGCCAAUCUCAAAUGACACCCACCCUAAGGUAUAUGUCAUUUUAGACACAGCACCCUUAAGGAAUAGGGUGUCAUUUUAGACACAGCACCUCUAAGGAAUAGGGUGCCAUUUUAGACACAGUACCCUUAAGGAAUAGGGUGUCAUUUUAGACACAGCACCCCUAAGGAAUAGGGUGCCAUUUUAGACACAGCACCCCUAAGGAAUAGGGUGCCAUUUUAGACACUGCACCCCUAAGGAAUAGGGUGCCAUUUUAGACACUGCACCCCUAAGGAAUAGGGUGCCAUUUUAGACACAGCGACUGUCUGCAGCAUUGGGUCCAGACCAGACUACAAGUCACGUCCACUUGUUUAUAUACACUGCUCAAAAACAUAAAGGGAACACUAAAAUAACACAUCCUAGAUCUGAAUGAAUGAAAUAAUCUUAUUAAAUACUUUUUUCUUUACAUAGUUGAAUGUGCUGACAACAAAAUCACACAAAGAUUAUCAAUGGAAAUCAAAUGUAUCAACCCAUGGAGGUCUGGAUUUGGAGUCAACCUCAAAAUUAAAGUGGAAAACCACACUACAGGCUGAUCCAACUUUGAUGUAAUGUCCUUAAAACAAGUCAAAAUGAGGCUCAGUAGUGUGUGUGGCCUCCACGUGCCUGUAUGACCUCCCUACAACGCCUGGGCAUGCUCCUGAUGAGGUGGCGGAUGGUCUCCUGAGGGAUCUCCUCCCAGACCUGGACUAAAGCAUCCGCCAACUUCUGGACAGUCUGUGGUGCAACGUGGCGUUGGUGGAUGGAGCGAGACAUGAUGUCCCAGAUGUACUCAAUUGGAUUCAGGUCUGGGGAACGGGCGGGCCAGUCCAUAGCAUCAAUGCCUUCCUCUUGCAGGAACUGCUGACACACUCCAGCCACAUGAGGUCUAGCAUUGUCUUGCAUUAGGAGGAACCCAGGGCCAACCGCACCAGCAUACGGUCUCACAAGGGGUCUGAGGAUCUCAUCUCGGUACCUAAUGGCAGUCAGGCUACCUCUGGCGAGCACAUGGAUGGCUGUGCGGCCACCCAAAGAAAUGCCACUCCACACCAUGACUGACCCACCGCCAAACCGGUCAUGCUGGAGGAUGUUGCAGGCAGCAGAAUGUUCUCCACGGCGUCUCCAGACUCUGUUACGUCUGUCACGUGCUCAGUGUGAACCUGCUUUCAUCUGUGAAGAGCACAGGGCACCAGUGGCAAAUUUGCCAAUCUUGGUGUUCUCUGGCAAAUGCCAAACGUCCUGCACGGUGUUGGGCUGUAAGCACAACCCCCACCUGUGGACGUCGGGCCCUCAUACCAGUCUGUUUCUGACCGUUUGAGCAGACACAUGCACAUUUGUGGCCUGCUGGAGGUCAUUUUGCAGGGCUCUGGCAGUGCUCCUCCUGCUCCUCCUUGCACAAAGGCGGAGGUAGCAGUCCUGCUGCUAGGUUGUUGCUCUCCUACGGCCUCCUCCACGUCUCCUGAUGUACUGGCCUGUCUCCUGGUAGCGCCUCCAUGCUCUGGACACUACGCUGACAGACACAGCAAACCUCUUGCCACAGCUCGCAUUGAUGUGCCAUCCUGGAUGAGCUGCACUACCUGAGCCACUUGUGUGGGUUGUAGACUCCGUCUCAUGCUACCACUAGAGUGAAAGCACCGCCAGCAUUCAAAAGUGACCAAAACAUCAGCCAGGAAGCAUAGGAACUGAGAAGUGGUCUGUGGUCACCACCUGCAAAACCAGUCCUUUAUUGGGGGUGUCUUGCGAAUUGCCUAUAAUUUCCACCUGUUGUCUAUUCCAUUUGCACAACAGCAUGUGAAAUUUAUUGUCAAUCAGUGUUGCUUCCUAAGUGGACAGUUUGAUUUCACAGAAGUGUGAUUGACUUGGAGUUACAUAGUGUUGUUUAAGUGUUCCCUUUAUUUUUUUGAGCAGUGUAAUAUAGUAUCAACAGGAGAGGGGAGCAGUUGGCACAAUACAGAUUGAACCUUGAACUGUGACCUGUAGAUACACUACAUGACUAAAAGUAUGUGGACACCUGCUCGUCGAACAUCUCAUUCCAAAAUCAUGGGCAUUAAUAAGUUGGUCCCCCCUUUGCUGCUAUAACAGCCUCCACUCUUCAGGGAAGGCUUUCCACUAGAUGUUGGAACAUUGCUGCGGGGACUUGCUUCCAUUCAGCCACAAGAGCAUUAGUGAGGUCGGGCACUGAUGUUGGGCGAUUAGGCCUGGCUCGCAGUCGGCAUUCCAAUUCGUCUCAAAGGUGUUCGAUGGGGUUGAGGUCAGGGCUCUGUGCAGGCCAAUCAAGUUCUUCCACACUGAUCUUGACAAACCAUUUCUGUAUGGACCUCGCUUUGUGCACGGGGGCAUUGUCAUGCUGAAACAGGAAAGGGCCUUCCCCAAACUGUUGGCACAAAGUUGGAAGCACAGAAUCGUCUAGAAUGUAAUUGUAUGCUGUAGCAUUAACAUUUCCCUUCACUGGAACUAAGGGACCUAGCCCGAACCAUGAAAAACAGCCCCAGACCAUUAUUCCUCCUCCACCAAACUUUACAGUUGGCACUAUGCAUUGGGGCAGGUAGCGUUUUCCUGGCAUCUGCCAAACCCAGAUUUGUCCGUCGGACUGCCAGAUGGUGAAGCGUGAUUCAUCACUCCAGAGAAUGUGUUUCCACUGCUCCAGAGUCCAAUGGCAGCAAGCGUUACACCACUCCAGCUGAUGCUUGGCAUUGCGCAUGGUGAUCUUAGGCUUUUGUGUGGCUGCUUGGCCAUGGAAACUAAUUUCAUGAAGCUCCCGACUAACAGUUAUUGUGCUGACGUUGCUUCCAGAGGCAGUUUCGAACUCGGUACUGAGUGUUGCAAUUACGCGCUACGCGCUUCAGCACUUGGCGGUCCCAUUCUGUGAGCUUGUGUGGCCUACCACUUCGCGGCUGAGCCAUUGCUGCUCCUAUAAGUUUCCACUUCACAAUAACAGCACUUACAGUUGACCGGGGCAGCUCUAGUAGGGCCGAAAUUUGACGAACUGACUUGUUGGAAAGGUUGCAUCCUAUGACUGUGCUACGUUGAAAGUCACUGAGCUCUUCAGUAAGGCUAUUCUACUGCCAAUGUUUGUCUAUGGAGAUUGCAUGGCUGUGUGCUCGAUUUAAUACACCUGUCAGCAACGGGUGUGGCUGAAAUAGCAGAAUCCACUAAUUUGAAGGGGUGUCCACAUACUUUUGUAUAUAUAGUGUAUGUCAGCUCUAACCCCGAGUCUGGUCUUAUCUCAACUCCAUUUUAAGGUUUGUUGAUCAAGCGGUCUCAUAAUAGUGGCUGAAGGGCACUGUAUCGUAGGUUAGUCGUGAUAGAGACCAAUGCAUGGCGGAUGAUAGGUAGGUUGAAGCAGGAUUCAUAUUUAAAAGGUAUUUAUCUGUUGGUCAGAAACACAGUUAAUAUCAAGUACAUGGUCACUCUUUACCUCUUUACAAAGCAGACAGAACCCAUAUGUAAAGUGUCUUGAUUCAUUUGCUCUCUGUCUCAUUUCGGCCACAGUCUUAUCUCACUUACUGUGCACUUGCUACCCCUAGUAGUACUGUGUGGGGUGGUCAGUCAGUCAGUGACACAGGCCUGUCUUCCAGGUAUCGACACAUUCAAGGGCCAGUACUUCCACAGCCGGGACUAUAAGACGGCAGAGGAGUGGCGGGGGAAGAGGGUGGUGGUGAUCGGCAUCGGCAACUCUGGAGGAGACAUCGCUGUGGAACUCAGCAGGGUCACCAAACGGGUACAGUAGAACAGCGGGGAGUUAGGAUCUAAACAGGUACAACGACCAAGCAAAACCAGUUUUACACACCACCAAGUAGGCCCCAGUCAAACAGGGCAUUUUGUAACAAUCAGUUGAUAUUCAUAUCAAACGGCUUCCUAGAAAUGAUCAAAACCAUUUGAACACACUCACAAAAUGAUGCAACAUAUGACCCAAUUUGCUGUGUAGUGAGGUGGGGCCAAUAUUGUCAUAUGCUCAGAGGUACUGAGAUAAGAUUGCAGACUUGGGCAGAAGACUGAAACAGUAGAACAAGGCAAGUCUGUCUAUCCACGACCGUGUUAUUAUGUCAAAUCAUCCUCUGACCUUUGCCCCCUCUCCCCGUCUUCGCCCCCUCCUCUACCCUAUUCUCUCCCAUCCUCUUUCCCGUUCCCCGCCCCACUCUCCCAUCUCUCUUCAGGUAUUCCUCAGUACCAGGCGUGGGGCAUGGAUCCUCAACCGUGUGGGUCAACAAGGGGUGCCAUUGGACAUGGAAUUAAACAGGUAGAUUGUCUGGAAAUCACCUUUUUGCACCCUUACACUUCGAAUACAUUACAAAUGCUACAUUUUCUUCAUCCAUCAUUACUGAUAAGAAGUGAUUGGACAGACAAAAGAAAGUGCUCGGUCGUAGAUUUCACCUGUUUCAGAAACAUGCCUGAUCAAUGGAUUCCACUGGAAGGAGGUUGCGUUCCAUCAGUAACAUAUACUGAGUAUACCAAACAUUAGGAACACCUUCCUAAUAUUUUAGUUGCACCCCCCCCCCCCCCCCCCCCCCGCUUUUGCCCUCAGAACAGCCUCAAUUCGUCGGGGCAUGGACGGUGUCAAAAGCGUUACACGGGGAUGCUGGCCCAUGUUGACGCCAGUGCUUCCCACAGUUGUGUCAAGUUGACUGGAUGGCCUUUGUGUGGUGGACCAUUCUUGAUACACAGGGGAAACUGUUGAACGUGAAAAACCCAGUAGCGUUGCAGUUCUUGACACAAACUGGUGCGUCUGGCACAUACUACCAUACCCUGAUCAAAGGCACUUACAUGUUUUUGUCUUGCCCAUUCACCCUCUGAAUGGCACACAUACACAAUCCAUGUCUCAAUUGUCUCAAAGCUUAAAAAUCCUUCUUUAACCUGUCUCCUCCCCUUCACCUACACUGAUUGAAGUGGAUUUAACAAUUGACAUCAAUAAGGGAUCAUAGCGUUUGCCUUGAUUCACCUGGUCAGUCUAUGUCAUGGAAAGAGCAGGUGUUCUUAAUGUUUUGUAUACUCAGUGUACACUAACAUUGCGUUGGUUCUAUUUAGAAGGGCGUUAAAGAUGGCCCAGGCUAUUCUGCCCUUUGGCCUGCGCUGCAGACUGGGAGAGAACAGAGUCAACCAGAGAUUCAACCACAGCCUCUACUCUCUACAGCCCAAACACAGGUAAGAGCACACAAAGAAAGAAAGAAAGAAAGAAAGAAAGAAAGAAAGAAAGAAAGAAAGAAAGAAAGAAAGAAAGAAAGAAAGAAAGAAAGAAAGAAAGAAAGAAGAGAACUGAAUAUAUUUUAAACAUGUUGUGUAUGUCCCAGGAUGCUCAGCCAGCACCCUACAGUGAAUGAUGAGCUGCCCAACCGGAUCCUGUCUGGCACAGUGCAGGUCAAACCCAACAUCCGCAGGCUCCAGGGGUCCAGCAUUGAGUUUGACGACGGAACCGUGGAGGACAACAUAGACUUGGUGGUGCGUCACCAGACCUAGUCAUAUAUACACACACCCAAACUUACGCACAGUUGCCACAUUUCACCUGUCCAUUAUCUCAUUUCCAGGUGUUUGCCACUGGCUACAACUUCUCCUUCCCCUUCCUACCGUCCCAUGUGCUGCCGGUUUCCAGUAACAAGGCCAAUCUGUAUAAGUACAUAUUCCCUCCGGGGUUAGAGCGCCCCACACUGGCCGUUAUAGGGCUGGUGCAGCCGCUUGGAGCCAUCAUGCCCAUCUCUGAGAUGCAGGCCCGAUGGGCUACCAGGGUCUUCAAAGGUACAUCACUGUUACUUUUACCAGACAUUGGCCCACUUGUUUAACUUCCCUCUAUAUCUUUUUCUCUUUAUCUCUCUCCCACAAGCAUACCUCUCUGUUCAGAAUGCACUCACAGUUCUUUAAAAAAAUAUCUAAAUGACACAACAGUCUCUAUGGUGCACUUAUUUUGUCCAGAGCCAUACUGUAUAUAAAUUAGAUUAUCUGUGUUUCACCCACAGGGCUGAAUAAGCUUCCCUCAAUGGACUGCAUGCUGAAGGACAUUAAACACAAGGAGGAGACAAUGGCUAAGAGGUACUGAGAUUGAUUUAGUAGAUUUGAGGGGACAGGAAAAGUUUAAGCAAUAUAAUGAUGGCUCCACCUACCCUUUUAAUGGAUUUAGGGAAGGUUCCACCAUAUUGCUUGCUCCUUUAGAUCUGCAAAACACAGAAGGGGGCCUAUGGGUUGUUUUUGGACAGGGCCUAACUCUCCUGUCUCAGGUAUGUGACCUCCCAGAGACACACCAUCCAGGUGGAUUACAUUGACUACAUGGACCAGAUAGCUGACCAGGUGGGGGUGCGUCCCAGCCUCCUAGGGCUGCUGCUGUGGGAGCCUGGUGUGUGGCUGUGUGUGCUGCUGGGGCCCUGCACCCCAUACCAGUACCGUCUGAGAGGCCCGGGACAGUGGGACGGGGCCCGACAGGUAGGGAUGGGCCUACAGUGUAUUAAUACAAAAAUAUACUGCUGAUAAUGCUGAUGUGUUUUCUGGUAUCGAUACAAUCACUAAAAUAAAGCUGUGCUUGAAAUUCAGAACUCACUAUUCAUGUGUUUUAAUUAUCCCUAUUUAAACGAAUAGUCUUUGAUACUGGCCUAAGUAUUACUUGGUACAUUAGAGAAACUGAAACAUCUACCUCUCCCUCCAGGCCAUCCUGACUACUUGGGAUCGGAUGGCAGGAGCCCUGAAGACCAGGCCCUCUGACAUCCCUGAGCCCAAGAAGAGCUCCCUGCCCCUGGCCCUAACCGUGGGGGGUGCUGCCCUGGCUCUGGGAUACUACUGGAACAUACACAACCACCCAUCCCUCCUCAUCGCCCUGGACCCCACCACUCUGCUGGACAAGAUCAAACCAUACCUGCCAGUGUUGUGGUAACCCACUGGGGAACAAACCCAGGCUGUGACUGGGUGUUAGCCCAGCCAUGUUAGCCCACUGAACUAAAGCCUAGCCCUCAGUCAUUCCACAUAUUUAUUAAAUUCCAGUAUAAGUACACCUACACCAGCUGUACUAGUCGUGGUAUAUAACAAAUAUGUUUAAUGACUCAGGGUUCCAGAGUACUAGGUUUUGUAACAUUGGUUUGGUUGACUAAUGCCCAUUAGCCCACUGAGCUAAAGCCAAGGAGGUCACCUCCAUUAGACCAGGACAGUGACCUGAAACAAACUCAUAACCCAGAUGAGCUAUUAACCAGAAAUACAGAAAUGCAAUAGCAGGCAGGAAUCACUAACUGUCUGUUGAUUAAUCUGCCAGGUCGUCUUUGUGAAAGAUGUGAGUUAUACCAACUAAUCAGGGAACACAAAUUAUGUUCCAAUGAAUCUCUCAUAACCAAUAAUUCACAAAUUGGAUGCACAGAAUUUGAAAUAAUACACUAAUAUUGCACUUUGCGUUAUCCACAGUAUGGUGCCUGUUCUCAUAAUUGCUGGGAUUCCAUUUUACUUGAUGCCACAGUGCCUAAGACUGAUCAAAUAUACUGUAAUGUCCUUUCUUUUGUUCUAUAACCUUAUUUUCUAAUAGCAAAAUUCUUAUAGGAAAGUGUGGUAUAGUACAUUUUUGCCUUGAUGUUUGGAUUGGCUUCAAGUGUUACAAGUUUGUAAUUCAUUAAUCUAUUAAAGUUUAUGCACACACCAACCUAUACCUUUUCCCUUCUUACGAUGUACUAUACUGACCAUAAGUGUUGCAACCUAGUGCCUACUCCAGGAACAUCUUUGCUAUAAAGCACUAAAGUGUGGCCCAGAGACAACCCCCUAGCCCUUACCCCUUACCAUCUAUGCAC